AUGGUGUCUCAGUCCUCAAGGUUGGUAUCAUGCCAAGGUUGUGUUGGUGCCUUGAAAAGGGUUCUUGGAAAACUUGAAGCCAACAAUCUGUAUAAAGAUAGGAUUCUUGAAGGUCGUCCUUCAAUGGAGAAAUCACAAAUAGAUUUCUCAGAGUGCAUGUAA